UUUGGUUGGUUCUUGUUUAGUGCUGAAAAUCCCACCAAGGAUUUGGGCCAAUUAUUGACAAAGAUUACUCCUUUUACAACAAGGCGGGCAUUAUUCUCAGCUUUGUUUUUGUAUUCAUUUUUUCAUCCUUCAAGGUACUUACCAGCACAAGCUUUAGGGGAUCCAUCUGUAACCAUUGAAGAAGUGACCCCCACAGUUUCCCCUUCUCCGGCACUUUUUCCCACUGAGAAUAGAAUUGUCCAACUCUUUGAGAAGAACACCUAUUCGGUUGCCAACAUUUUCGACGUAACAUUGCGGCCUCAGCUUAAUGUGACUGGUGCAGUUGAGGUUCCGGAGGGCAAUGGUUCUGGAGUAGUCUGGGAUGGACAAGGACAUAUUGUGACAAAUUAUCAUGUAAUUGGUAAUUCCCUCACAAGAAAUCCAAGCCCUGGGCAGGUUGUUGCGCGGGUUAAUAUUUUAGCAUCAGAAGGGGUACAAAAGAAUUUUGAGGGCAAGUUGGUUGGUGCUGACCGCGCAAAGGACCUAGCUGUUUUGAAGGUUGAAGCCCCUGAAGAGCUAUUGAAGCCAAUCCUUGUGGGGCAGUCAUAUUUGCUAAGAGUGGGGCAACAAUGUUUGGCAAUUGGAAAUCCGUUUGGCUUUGAUCACACCCUCACUGUUGGAGUGAUUAGUGGAUUGAACCGUGACAUUUUUAGUCAAACUGGAGUCACAAUCAGUGGCGGAAUCCAAACAGAUGCAGCCAUCAAUCCUGGAAAUAGUGGAGGGCCCCUGUUGGAUUCCAAAGGAAAUUUAAUUGGGAUUAACACUGCAAUAUUUACUCAGACAGGUACAUCAGCGGGAGUAGGUUUUGCCAUUCCAUCCUCAACUGUACUAAAGAUUGUCCCCCAGUUGAUCCAAUUUGGCAAGGUUUUUCAAGCAGGUUUGAAUGUGGAUAUUGCCCCGGACCUUAUUGCAAAUCAACUCAAUGUUCGAUAUGGAGCUCUUGUUCUUCAGGUCCCUGGAAAUAGUCUUGCUGCUAAGGCUGGGCUACUUCCCACCACGAGAGGCUUCGCGGGUAAAAUCAUACUUGGGGAUAUCAUUGUAGCAGUUGACAACUUACCUGUAAAAAACAAAGCAGAGCUGUACAAAGCACUGGAUGACUAUAAUGUGGGAGACCAAGUAACCUUAAAGAUUCAGAGGGGCAGUGAAAAUCUGGAGCUUCCUGUCACCUUAGAGGAAAAGAGUUCAUGACUGAGAAUCAUCAAAACUGUCGUCUUCAGAAUAGCAUGUUGUAAUAUUGAAUGGAAGAUGAAAAUGAAGAACGGUGUAUAUAUAAUAUAUGAUUAUUAUUGUACCAAACUAAGCAUUGUCAGCAAAGAGAAACUGAGACAGGUAAGCUUGAUUAAUGGUACUGUGCUUGCAAUUUGCAACCAACAAAUUAAUAAUUUUUUAAACUUUUGGCACAACCCAAAGAUUUGAUACAGGUAAUGAGAUUUAUAUAAACGACAUGUCGUUUUGUUGUCUAGGACGAUGUAAAAGAAAUGUCGUUUUUUCCUUUAGAUAAGACUCCUGUUGUUUCUGUAUGAAAUGUGAGCGACAUGUC